AUGGCACCCUCAGUCAGCACCGCCAAGUCCAGGGCUAGAAAGUCGACUGGCACCGUACUUGACGAUUCCGGUUCUGAUGAUGACUACCAAGCCUACAACCUGCGACUCCAGGAAGCCAGCGCUGCUAGAGCACGUCUCAAGAAGGCAAAAGAAGAGCGGGACAAGAAACGCAAGGCCCUCCUAUCAGCUUACCAGGGCGCCCUCUCGUCCAUUCAAGACCGCGUGAAGAAGUCGGUUUCCAAGUAUCAUGACCUCCACUCAGUCAUGCACACCUCCCGUCUUCUUCGUCUCAAGAAAGCAGUAGAAGCCCGCGACCAAAAGCUCACUGCCAUCGCCAAGAAGCUGGCCGACGUGCAGCGCAUCAUGAGCAACCAUAGUGUUCAGCUCUGCGCCUUGUACGAGGGUCGCCGUAAGGACUUGGCUGCCAUGCUACCCCAGCCCAAGCCCAAGAAUCAGGAGGAUGAUGGUGCUGCUGAUGUUGCUGAGUUGGCAAAGUCGUCGGGCCAGGAGGAUGCGCAGGGAUCUGCCGUCGCAAAGAAAGCCUCGUCAAAGCCGGCUACUGCUGUGGUGAAGAAAGGUAUCAAGGACAAGUGGGGAGCUGCUAAUGCUUUGUGUUGA